AUGGUGGAUAUUCUAUCUGAAAGCAGUGAGGAUGACUGCGAUGAAGCUGUGCGGUGUGGUGCCACGCAGCUAGACGACCCUGGCGUGCCUGAACAACUUGAGGAUCUAUCAGAAGUCUUCUUAGAAGAGCUAUCUAAUAGUCUCAACACGCACGACCAGAUCGAGCACCCGAUCGACCUGCUACCUGGCAAGCUACCCAGAAGUGGUCCGAUUUACAAUAUAUCGCAUAAUAAGCUCGCAGCGAUUAGGGACUACCUGGACACUGCGCUUGAGAGGAAGUAG